AUGUCCUCUUCUAAACGCCAGUCGAUCCUCCCACGUGUCCAGUCUGGCCCGAAAGCUCCCGUCAACUUCUCUUCAUCAAUCACAAUAGCUGAUUCUGCCCUUCUGGCGGGAAACCAUACUAUCAACAUCAGUUCGGAGACGGUCAUACAUCCUCGAGCAAAGUUAGAUUCCUCUAACGGACGAAUCACAAUUGGUCGAAGAUGUAUCGUCCACGAACGAACAAGCAUUGGGGCAACCUCUGCAGACCCGACUCCUAGCGAGUCACGCGACGGCGUGGUGGUCAGCGACUAUGUAACCAUUGAAGUUGGCGUAGUACUCGAGUCCGGCGGUACAAUGAUUGGCGAAGGAUGUCUAGUUGGCGUAGGUUGCAGAGUAGGCAAGGGAGCGAGGCUAGGGAAGCAUUGCACCUUAACGCCCCACAGCGUUAUACAGCCUUGGGAGAUAGUGCCUGACUUUACAGUCGUAUACUCGAAUGGAACGAGACGGACUGAUAAGCGUGGCGUCACGGAUUUAAAGAAUAAGGCACAAGCGCGUCAGAUCGAAGUCCUGAGGAGACUGAUACCCAGCAAUCCCGCCAAGUUCCAAUGA